AUGAUAAGUAAAGUCAGUGAAUAUACUGAACAAUCGGCAUUAACAAGAAGAAGUGUCGGUGACAAUGAACGUCGCAUUACGGAAAUACAUACCGCACCAGCAGCUAGAAUCACCGAUCGUAUAUCACGUUUUGAAACUGGUGAUCAACAACAAUCAACUCAACGAGGCAUCUCGUUAACAAAACAAACGAUCGAUAGAGAAUCAAUCGAUAAACGUCGACAAAUUUACGAAACAGAUAUGGAAAAACGUCCCACACAGGGAUGGACGGCUGAUCGUACACUAACUGAUGUCCAACGGCCGUAUGAUACAGCUGAUUUUCGUCGACGAUUAGAAGACACAGUCAGCGGUACUGUCAUUCCUCCACCUCUUUCACCAUCACCAAAAGAUAUUCCCACAAUAUCAUCAAAGUCAACGACACGUGUUCAAUCAACCGAUCGUCUCGGUCGUUCAGGAUUCGAUGCUGUUAAAUCAGCGUUAGAAUCCUCAAUGACAAAACCGACCACACCGCAUACAUCAAUUGAUAUAACAAUAAAAGAAAAACGACCAUCAGGCUAUAAUGCACAAACCGGUAUGGUAUCGUCAAUUGAUUCGGAUUUAUCUGUGGGUGGUCCAUCUUCACCUCCAAUCUAUCAGAGUACACCAAAACCAAAAGAUGAUUUUAAUUUGUAUAAAAAACCGGAUGGAAAUGAAUCUGAGGAUGAAUUAAGUGAAAAAGAACAGGAAGAAACGACAACUGUUACCGAAAUGACACCAUCCGUGAGACAAAGACGACGUUCCAGAAAUCGUCUAAGAGAUUUUUCUAGUAGUACACCGGGACACGCGACAACAUUUAAUGAAACAAAUAUGGAAAAUCUAUUAUCCCAUGUCCCCAUCAGUAAAGGAAAAGGAUUAUUGAUUGAAUUAUCACCGCAUGUAUCCGACUCGCAAAUGCCAACAAAAUCACAUUUGAAACCAACUAGCUCCGAUAGUGGUAUAUUUGACUAUUCAACAGCGACAAGUAUCGGUCGACCAUCAUGGAUGAAUACAUCAUCUCAAUUUUUAGAUGACAAUGCUGCUAACAUUAGAGACAGUGGAAUCUAUGUUGAUCAGACAUCAGCUAGUUCAAGGUCGCGUCGAUAUCAUACGUCAGAUACAGAUUUGACAAGUUCUGAAUAUGAUCAAAAGCGUCAACAUCAAUACCAAACUCAAGUUGAUGAACCUCUAUCAAAAUCUACUUAUAAAUAUGAAACUGAGAUUUUACAACCAAAACAACUACCGCGUAUUGCCGACGAACAACAACGAAAUGUUCGACGUCAUUUAACGGGCACCUUUCAUACAGACACGAAUACAACUCCUGGCACAUUGUCCGAUUAUGAUAAUUUAGCCAAUUAUCGUUCAGGUGGUACAACGACAACUACAACUGCACGUAUCCCGACAAAACAAGUACCGAUAACAACGCAAUCUCGUGCAAAACCUCUUAUACUAAAUGAAAUUGAAACAAUUGAAACCGAGACACAUGUUCAAUUUGAAAUGAAUCGAACGAGAGAAAUAAAAGAAUCAACAAAAACUGAACCGGCACCAAAAGGCGCACCAAAAACUAGUAAAAUAACCACAACCAAUAUCACAACACGAACACCAGAUAGUUCUUCGGAUGAAGCACUAAAAACAUCAAGAAGAGUUUUACUCAACGAAAAACCACAAUAUUAUACGGAUCAAUCAAAAACGGAUCGUAUUCCCCACACACAAACUUCUGAAACAUACAUCUCAUCAAGACCAAUCACAACUGAAAUUCAUCAAUCUUAUAAAGAAAGUGGUGCGCAUCGUUUUAGUUCAUCGCCUUCCGACACUGUUACAUAUGAAACAGGAAGACGUCCACCAUCGCAGUCAUCACAAAUUGCUCAAAAACACUCAUCACCACAACAAGAAGAACCAGUGAGAAUUGAAGAAACAUGGUUCAAACCCAUUCAGCGCGAUCGUUCUCAUGAUAGUUUAAUAACAGCAACAACGUCCGAACAUCAACGUCAUCAUCCACAACGUUCCUCCAUUCGAACUUGUAGUGCUGGUCCACGUACAAUGCAAGUAACAAGCCUCUCACCGGAUAGUCAAGUUACAUUCGGUAAAUAUGAUAGUAAUGAAAUUAUUGCCAUUGUUCGAGUACCAGAAAUGAAUCAGCAACAGACUCCUAGACCAUCUACGACUGUUGCGCGUGAAUCAUCCACUAGUCCAUUGACACAAAUUGAUCGUAAUGGUUAUUCUUCCACCCUGCGUCCAAGUGUUAGACAAACAUCAAUGAGCGAACCGGAAUUACACAUAAGAGCAAAACAAGAGGCUGAACAACAACAGACAUCAUCAAAAUAUCUUCAACAGCAGCAAUUGGUAGCAACAAGUUACAUACCAACAGCUGAGCAGCAAAAUCGUAAAACAUAUGAACGAUUACAAACGUUACAUCAGAAUGAUGCAAAACGGGAUUUAAAAUAUCUUCCAUCCGUUUAUGUUGAUCAAGAAACCGAUUCAUCAAUCAUAUCCGGAGAACCAGCUGUUAAAGGAAGACGCUCAAGAAUCGAUCCGUAUGAUAAUACAGAUGGAUAUAGGCAUGUAACUCCUCCAGUACCCCCAACACGCUCAUUAUCUUACCAUUCAGCCAUGCACGACCAAUUACAGCAACAACAACAGUAUCCUACAUCAUCUUCCAAUCUUCGUCCACAUUCAUUACAUAGUCAACAUCGUACAGCUAGUUUAGGAAAUUUAUUUGGUAAUAAUAUUGAAUUCGAAAUUGAAAUUGAAAAACGUCCUCCACAACAACCUGAAAGACCAACUGUCAUCGAGUUGAACCAGGCAACGCGUGCAAUAGUGACAACCAGUAAGGAUGGUCGAGUAUCGAUUCAAAAUGUGACUGCUCGUCCAGGAAAUACGGUCAUAAUAAACAGUGAUUUUCAUUCAUCUGAUCGUUCGCUAAAUCGUUCAAGUGGCUAUUUUUCAUCGGAUGAACUGCGUUCUCAAGGUGUAAACACAAACUAUUCGAGUGAUGAACAAUCAGGCGCAUCGAAUAAUCCACCCUCAUCAUCUUCAAAUCUUCAACAACAAGGACAACAGCAAACUCAUAUUCGUCGUUAUAACACAAAAAACACGACGGCAUCGGGUGGUGAUAGUAAUGGACAUUCAACAAAUCGUCUUCCAGCAUACUAUCGGUCGAAACACGACAAUGUUGAAAAAAUAAAUCAAAUAUUAAAUCAAUUCCGUAAUGGAAACGGAACAACAUCAUCUUCAACACCUGUUAAUACAACACCUGGAUUUAAUGAUGCUAUCGCUCAAAUAGAUGCACUCUAUAAUAAUCUCGAUAUUAAUAAUGACAAAUUAGAUAAAACCAAUGCAAGAGAUUAUUAUUCAUUCAAUCAGUUAGAACCAACAACGACGAAUGAUAAUGAUGAUACAUUGACAUCACCAACGUCUCAAAUUCAAACACCUAAAUAUAAUUUUAAUAAAUCAGGUAAAGAACGGUCGACAGACUCUCGACGAUCAGAUGUAUUAAAUCGUUUUGAUGAUAAUUUAGCUGUAAGACGAUCUAACAAUUCAAACACAUUUACAAAUAGUCCUGAUGGAAGUGGAUACAAACGAUAUUCAUCGACCGGUUUUCAACAUAUACCAAAUGAACAUGAUGCUCAGACUAAUGGAGGAGAUAGUAUUGUUCAAUUAGUUCAUGCAUCAUCAGCAGGUAUUCCACAUACACAUUCAACAAAUUCUACGAUUCAACAUUUAAUUAGUCCAUCACAUCAUCUAGCAUCAUCUUCAAAUGAUUCACCUUAUCAUCUUCAUUCACAAAAACAACGUCGACGUCAUCAUCAGAAUAACGAUGAUGAUCGACAUUCAUAUUCACAAAGUGAUUUACGUUCAUCAUCAUUUAUUGAUGAAUCACAGAAUAUGAAUAAUAACAAUAACAACAACGACAAUAGUGAUCAAUCAUUGUGGCAACCACACUCAUUAAGAACAUCCUUAACUGAUUUGCUCGUCGUUAAUAAUCCAACAACCACACCCAUUCAAUCACAAUCACUUUCCUCGUCUGGUAUUGUUGCUGAUUACGGUAGUAGUCCAACAAAUUAUUAUUCAUCUUCUUCGACUCCUCAACCAUUUACUUCACAACAGAAUCGAACAAAUCAACAAGGAUUUCGAAAUAGAACAUCCGUUAAAAUGGUUAAACAAAAAAAUGCAGCAAAAAAACGUGGUCCUCUUGAUAAUCAAGGGAUGUACAGUGAAGACGAGGACUCAGGUGAUUCUCCAUUAUCUGAUAGCGAUAGACAUCAGCGUUCAAAUUUGAAUGAAAUGACCAAUACGAGUGCAUUCAAUCAUAGUCGACAACAACAGCAUCAACAUUGA